ACAGCUCCGAACUACACCUUCAUGCACGAAGCAACAAUAGCUCCAAAGAUUUCGUUCUACGACUACAUAGUCAUCGGCGGAGGCGCUGCCGGAAUUCCAAUCGCUGCCACCAUCUCUGAAAACUACUCAGUUCUACUCCUUGAACGUGGUGGCUCACCUUACGGGAAUCCCAACAUCACCAACUUAGCCAACUUUGGCACCUACUUUUCCGACACCUCAUCGGACUCCCCUUCUCAACAGUUUAUUUCCGGCGACGGCGUUGUAAACGCACGGCCACGUGUCUUGGGUGGCGGUACUUCAAUUAAUGCAGGUUUCUAUUCUCAUGGUGAGGCAAGAUUCAUAAAAGAGGCUAAGCUAAAGGAUGAGAAGUUGAUCAACGAGUCGUACCGAUGGGUGGAAAAGGUGAUGGUUUUUGAGCCGGUUGUGACGAGGUGGCAGUCGGCGUUAGGAGGGGCGCUUGUCGAAGCCGGAGUGGCACCGGAAAAUGGGUUUUCAUAUGAUCACAUCAAGGGGACUAAAGUAGGUGGUACCAUUUUUGACCAAAAUGGCCACCGGCAUACUGCAGCGGAUUUGCUACAGUAUGCAAAUCCCAAGGGGUUGUUUCUUUUUCUACACGCAACUGUUCACAAAAUCUUGUUCAAAACCAAAGGAAGAUCAAGACCAAUGGCUUAUGGAGUAGUCUAUGAAGAUGCAUUGGGCAUAAAACAUAGGGCAUACUUAAAAGGAGGACAAAACGAUGAAAUCAUACUAUCUGCCGGUGCCCUUGGAAGUCCACAACUUCUAAUAUUGAGCGGCAUAGGUCCAAAGGACCAACUUCGUGCCCACAACAUCAAGCGUGUGCUUCACAACCCUUUAAUUGGUCAAGGUAUGGCCGAUAACCCGUUAAGCGCAAUCUUCGUCCCUUCUCCGAUCCUUGUCGAACCAUCCUUGGUUCAGGUUGUUGGUGUUACUCGGUCCGGCAGCUAUAUUGAGGCAGCCGGGGGCAUUAAUUUGAUUGGCGGAAGUCCUUCCGACUAUCAGGGUUAUUCCUUCAAGAUGGGCGGGUUCAUAUUCGAGAAAGUCAACGGCCCACACUCCAUGGGCUAUCUAAAGCUUCAAAAUAGUAAUCCAGCCGACAACCCAUCAGUAACAUUCAACUACUUUAAAGAGCCUAAAGACUUGCGAAAAUGCGUUGACGGGAUUAAAACCAUCCUAACAACAAUCAAAUCAAAAGCAUUCUCGAAAUUCAAAUACGCAAAUAUGACGGUCCAAGAUAUUCUCGACCUUAACGUGAAAAUGCCGACCAACUUGCCAGUACAUGCCAAUACGAGCUCAUCACUAGAACAAUACUGUAAAGACACUGUAAAGACGAUAUGGCAUUAUCAUGGAGGGUGUCAGAUGGACAAGGUAGUCGACGACGAGUAUAAGAUUCAUGGUGUAGAUGCACUUCGAGUCAUUGAUGGAUCAACUUUAACCAACUCUCCUGGAACGAAUCCUCAAGCGAGCAUUUUAAUGCUUGGAAGGUACAUGGGAGUUACCAUACUAAAAAAAAGACUUGCAAGUGACAAAUCGAAAUGAUUUUCAAAACUGUAG